UAACAAAAAUGGAAGCUUAAUACUGUGAAGGCAGAUGGAAUGGAAUGGAAUGGAAUGGAAGCUUAAUGAAGGCAUGCAGAUGAAACUCAGAUGAAACUCAGAAGCUUAAUACUGUGAAGGCAGAGAUGGAAUGGAAGCUGCAAUGCCUGGAGCCCAGGGAAAGGAAAGCUGAAGCUAUGGUUACAAAGUCUGGAAUAAUAGCAUUAUUUGUUCGACAUCCGCGUAUCGGUCCCUUUGAAGUCGCUAAUGCUGAUUCGGACAAAUCUUUUCCAAUUUUGGACCUGACACUUCUGGCUGGGCACAAACACCGCCCUAUUUAAGAUGCCGUCACUUCAGUAAAGCAUCACGCAGCGACGGCAAUCCGCGAGCUGUUCCUGUAGAGUACCAGUGGGACGAAGCCGGUGUCCGCAUCGUCAAACAAGUCUGCUGCCUAUCGAGUCAAUUCCUUCCGCCUGUCUUCGCCUGGUAAUCCGUCCCCCGGGGUUCCAAGUGUGGUUGAAAGGAGGUUGCUUCUGCCCCUUUGAGGAACUCUUGGCCUCCUUCUGCAAUCGCGAGGCGUGGAGAUGGCGGUGAGUUCUUUUCGGUUCAUGCUGUACGCCGAUUCUCCAUGAUUGUUUGCUUUGUCCUGCCACUUCGGGCCAUAGCGAGUAAGAAAGUUGCGAUCUUGGAGGGUUUUGGAAUCGUUCUGUUGUUGCGUUCCUUUUCUUUUCUGUGUGAUUCAUCGUCUUUGCAGUACUUCUUUGUUGUGUUUUUUUAUGUGUUACUCUUCAAUUUUUUAUUUCUAUGUUAGUAUUACGAGAAGUCUAUUGAAGAUUUUAUUUUUUGGAGUAUAAUUGGGUUUUGAUGCUGGGGUGAGACUGAUGAAGUUUUGAUUUUUGGUCUAAUUAUCAUAAUAUCAUCCUUUUAUUUCAUUUGUCAUGAUAGUUUUUGCCUAGAGCUUUGCAAAGAUUACUACCUAAUAACUCAUGAAUAUUCCUAACUGAAAUGGAUCAGAUAUCAUUCUUUGUAGUGACUGUACUGAUCGAAUUGAAGCAUAAGAGGGUUCAAGUUGUUUGGACUGGUCCGAUCCUAAUUUGGAAUGCUGACACUUUUGAAUGUUUCUUUAGCAGUAACAUCGGUCCCUGUUUACUUAAAUAGCUAUCUGUUGUUUCUUGGAUUUCAUCAUUUGCCAUGGCUUUUAAGGUAAGAAUUUAGGGAAUUAUGAUGUUGCUUGUGUUGAUUUCAGUGCUUGUUUAAGUUGAUUGUUCUUAUCUUCUUCCCCUGAAAAGUUUCAAGCGGAUGACACUUCUAAUUUUUUAUGUGGUAUUGAGAUGGGGCAUGCUGCACUUUCAUGUGCAUCAUGUGGGAUCUAGACAGCAAUAAUUGGAGGAAUGCAUUUAGAAUUUUGUUGCCUAAUUAACAUCUGAUCUCAUCAAUGCUGCUACUAAAUGAGUAUCACAUAUUUGAUCUCUGCAAUUUGGUUUGCUGCCAGUUAAGUUGUAACUUUCAUCAAAAGCUUCUUUAUGUUAGUUUCGUUAGUUGGAUGCUAGUGAAUUAGGAGGAAGUUCAAAUACUUAGAAGUCAUUUUCUUGUACCUGUUCAUUCAUUCCAUUUUAUGAACCAAAACCUUUUCAACAAUAAGUGCCAGAGCUAUUAUGAGCCUUAUAUGGUUAGAUGUCCUUUUCAGACACAUUGACAAACUAUGACAAGAAAAGCUCCAUUGGUUCACCAAUGAACUUGACAUGAUUGUUAUUGCUUUGGUGUCUACUUUGUAAAAGGCUAUAAAAAAUAAAAAGUUGUACAUCGAUUCCUCGUCCAUCCUGUCUAAACUAUUUGAUAGGCUAAUGUAGAUUACCCGGGAAAAUACCCUGAAUCUGUUUUCUUUACUGUCUAAACUAUUUGAUAGGCUAAUGUAGAUUACCUGGGAGUGGCAUUCUUUGCGCAGAUGAGCAGCUUCAACACAUAGGCCGAAUGCAUUUUUGUACCCCUUGUAAAACAGCCGAAAUCAACUAUUUAUUUUUGCUGUUUUCAAUCUUCUUAGAUGUCCUUUCUAGUUUCAUGGGAGAUUUGUUUGUUCACUUAGACAAUAGCUUGUUUUGUUCCUCUGAUGGGUAAAUUUCUUUCAAAUGUUAAUCAUGUUUAAUAAUUGUGUUUGUUGAUAUCGCCUGUCAAAUCUUGUCUUCUAUUGACACUUUUAUAUAUGAAAUGAACGAUUAAAAUGAGUGGAUCGAGAUGAAAACCUCUGUAAGGGUUCUGGGAUUUUGUUCUUGUAAAUUCACAACCUUCUGUUUAGUUUUUUUUCAUUGUAGCAACAUGCCCAACUUCCUGAAGCAUUAAGUGCAAACUUGGAGGCUCCAAAUCCCAAGGAUGAGCCACAUGCAAGCAGAGAAGAUGAUCUCCGCCAACCGACAGAAUCACAUUUACCUCAUGUUGCUAUUGCACAUAAGCCCACCACAGAAUCCCCUCUUCAUAGGCAUGGGUAUCAACCAAAUUCCAGUGAACAUAGAAGGGCCGGUAGAACAAGUGGUGAAUCUGACAAUAGCAUGGAGCGCUCUCCACUUCACCCCCAUUAUCAUGUGAAAGCUGCAACUAGAGGUGGUGUAUCUUCUAAGGGUUCAUCAGUGAGUAGCCAUGCACUUGCUUCAAAUGUUGCAGGUAGAUCGAGAACGAGGACUGGUGGCCGAGGUGCUGAAACUGUGAGUCUUUUCUUCUAAUAAUCAGUUUUUUUAUAUCGAAAAACCUGCAUGCAAUCAUGUACAGAAAAGCUGUGGGACAGCCUGAUAAAGGGUCAUCUGUGCCAAAGUUUGGUGAGUGGGAUGAAAGUAAUCCUUCAACUGCUAAUGGUUUCACUGGCAUAUUUAACAAAGUGAGGGAGGAAAAAAAGAGUGGAUCAGCAAAAGCUACCAUGAUAACAAAUGAUACAAUCUAUCUAUGUCAAUGACCAAGAUGGUAGUGGUGGGUCCUUGAGCUGUUGCUUUGGCUGGUGCAAAAAAUAAAUAGUAUUACAAGAAGAUUCAGAGCUUCGAUCCUGUAAAUAUCCUCAAAGAAGAGUCAUGAUAUUUGCAUCUGUUUGGAACUGCAUGUUCCUCUGUGCUAGCGUGUCUUUUGGUAUGUCUUCGUAUGUUAAUUCGAAGGUGUGUCUAUGAAAACAUAUCAAAGGAUGAGAUACAGAAGUUGUUUCCACCAGAAGUCCUACCUGAAUUACAAAGAUUACUCACCCUGCUCCUGCAGAAGUUUCAACGAGAAUGGCGCGAAGAUGUGCUCAAAGAUCAGGUUUCUUUGCCUCGCCUGAAGGCAAUGACAUGUAAUGUGGUAAAUCAAAAUCAAGAUUCUGUGGAGCAUGUUGCUGUUAUGAAUCUGAAGCUCCAAGGUGAUACACAGUCUUCAUCUGGUGAAACACAGGUUAAAUUCCAAUUGGCAAGAGAUACCCUCGAGACAAUGUUGAAGUCUAUGUACUUCAUAAGAGAUCAAAUGUCCAGUGGGGAUGCUACCUCUAAUGGACCUGGGCAAGAACAGGGAGCAGCCGAAACAGCCUUAACAUAAAAUCUUGGGAUGCCUCGCCUAUGUAUUAUAGUUUUCUUUCUUUGCUUAACACUGACAUAAUAUUCUGUGUUCUUAUUCUUCUCAAUCCUGUGACUCUGGACUUUUGAAGCUACUUAGCAACCCUUUUGUUUCCCAACUAAACUCAUCCAACUGUAUCUAUGUGUGUGUAGCAUGGGGGCAAAUACUGUCAAUUAGGUUUUAUUUUCAGAAUGUGUUUUAGAUCAUUUUCAAUUUAUUCUAGAAGCAAAACAUCUUAUUCUUUUGAGAA